AUGGCUGACGACAAGCCUUCGGUCCUCAUCAUCGGAGGACUGGGCUAUAUCGGCCGUUUCCUCGCCCUCCACAUUCACAAGAACAACCUCGCCUCCGAAGUCCGCAUAGUGGACAAGGCCCUCCCUCAGCUGGCCUGGCUUGCUCCCGAGUUUACCGAGGCUUGCUCCCAGGAUAAGUUUAUUCAGGCUGAUGCUGGCAGAGCUGAGGCCCUACCUAAGAUCUUCAACCGCCCCAACGGCAAAGAGUGGGACUACGUCUUCAACUGCGGCGGCGAGACGCGAUACUCGCAAGAGGACGAGAUCUACAAGCUCCGGUCCCUCAACCUCGCCCUCGCCAUCGGCCAGGAGUCGGCCAAGCGCGGCGUCAAGGCCUUUGUCGAAUUGAGCACCGGUCAGGUCUACAAGCCCUCCUCGACACCUAGCAAGGAGGGCGACAAGCUGAAGCCUUGGAGCAAGAUUGCCAAGUUUAAGUUGCAGGCUGAGGAGGAGCUUUCUAAGAUUGAGGGCCUCAACCUCGUCAUCGCCCGCAUCGCAAACGUAUACGGUCCCUACAAUAACUACGUCGGCACAGCCCUAUGCAUGGCGCGCGUAUACCAGUGUCUGGAGGGGGAGAUGAAGUUCCUGUGGACGCGCGACCUGUGCUCGUACACGGUGCAUGUGAAGGACGUGGCGCGCAUCCUGUGGGAGCUGGCGGACUGGUACGCGAACGGCAAGGCCGGGUGGGACAGCGCCUCGAUGGGCGCGGUGCCCAUCGUCAACGUCGUCGACGACGGCUGCACUACGCAGGGCGCCAUUGCCGACUUCAUCACCGAGACCAUGGGCGUCAAGACCAACUUCCAGGGCCAGCUACUCAGCUCGCUGGCCCGGCUCAACCUCGACAGCAUCGUCGACGACGCGAACGACGAGACCCUGGGCCCCUGGGCCGACAUGCUCGCCGACGCCGGCAUCACCCGGCCCGUCCCCAUCUCCCCCUUCAUGGAGAAGGAGCUGCUCAAGAACGACGGCCUGAGCAUAGACGGGACCAGGCUCAAGACGUUGCUGCCGGGCUUCGUGUUUGAGGAGCCCAGGAUGACAAAGGAGCUCGUGCAGGACGUGCUGGAUAGCUAUAAGAGGAUGAACUGGUGGCCGUGA